UAACAUACUUUACCUAUAUUUUAUAUUCAAACAUUUUCUUUCACCUCAUCAACAAGAAAAGAAUUCUCUUUCUCUUUUAUCUAUAUUUAACUGUCUUCAUCAAACACAGUCCACAAUCCCAGUCCCCAACAACAAACACCAAACUUUUCCCAUUUAAAAAAAAAAAAAAAAAAUCCCCCAUUGUCAUGCAACAAAAACCAAGUUUCCCGUAGGUUUUUCCGAUCAAAUUAACAAUCCACACAUAGCAAAUUAGAGUAAUGAGAGCGAGCGGGAACUGCGCGGUGCAGCAGGGUCUGACGGCGGAGGCGGGCGGGGUGGUGAAGCAGGCGCUGGUGCUGGCGAAGCGGCGCGGCCAUGCACAGGUGACGCCGCUCCACGUGGCGAACACGAUGCUGGCGGCGGCGGGCGGCAUCUUCCGGGUGGCGUGCCUGGACUCGCACUCCCACCCCCUCCAGUGCAAGGCCCUGGAGCUGUGCUUCAACGUGGCCCUGAACCGCCUCCCCGCGGCCUCCACCCCGCACCACCCCUCCAUCUCCAACGCCCUCGUCGCCGCCUUCAAGCGCGCCCAGGCCCACCAGCGCCGCGGCUCCACGGACAGCCAGCAGCAGCCGCUCCUGGCCGUGAAGAUCGAGCUGGAGCAGCUCAUCAUCUCCAUCCUCGACGACCCCAGCGUCAGCAGAGUCAUGAGAGAGGCCGGCUUCUCCAGCACACAGGUCAAGAUCAACGUCGAGAAAGCCAUCUCCUUACAGCUCGGCCGCUGCUCUCCUCCUCCUCCCACCUCCAAACAAACCCUCCUCUCAUCUUCAUCUCCACCCGGAAAUGAAGAUUUGGAUGCCAUAAUCGACACUCUUCUGAUGCGGAAGAGCGUCGCCUUGGUAGGCGAGAGCACAUCCAACUUAGAAGCCACAGUAAAAGGCGUGAUGGAUCGGGUUGAGAGAGGGGAGGUGCCGGAGUCUCUGAGAGAGGUGAAGUUCAUAAGCAUCCCGCCCUUUUGCAAUCUCCGCCGCGACCAGGUGGAGCUCAAGAUAAGGGAGCUCACGCGUCUCGUGCAGAGCCUUGUCGGGAGAGGGGUGGUGCUGUAUUUGGGAGAUCUCAAAUGGAUCAGUGAUUAUAGAGCUGGUUUGGAGAGACAGGGAAGCUACUACUGCGCUGUGGAGCACAUGAUCAUGGAGAUUGGGAGAUUGGUUUGGGGCAUUGGAGAGAUGGAGAGGUUUUGGCUCAUGGGAAUUGCCACCUUUCAAACUUACAUGAGCUGCAGAAAUGGCCACCACUCUCUUUGGGGGCUCCACCCUCUCACCAUUCCUGUUAAUAGCUUGGCCUUCACCCUAGUUUCCCACAGUGAUGAAAAGAGUGAAAGUAGACGAGGCACGAGAGCAGAAAACGAAGAGAUGAAGCUUUCUUGCUGCGUGGAAUGUUGGGAGAAAUUCCAAGGCGAAGCACGAGACUUGCAAGCGAGUGCCAACGACCUAGCUUUGUCGAGAUUGCCUUCUUGGCUUAAAGAUGAAAGUAGGAGACUAAAUGACAAAGACCAGAAGUGUGAGGCGAUGAAUGAAUUAUGCAAGAAAUGGAAGUCAUUGUGCAGCUCAGCCCACAAACAAGGUUCAUCUUCGUCAGCUUUCCUCUCGGCCCCGAAUUCGGGUUCAUCGGGGGACGCCAUGGACUCGGACGGCUCACAAAAGCUGAAAGAAUUCAAUGCAGAAAAUCUGAAUGUGCUAUGCAAUGCGCUGGAGGAGAAGGUUCGAUGGCAGAAGGAGAUCAUCCCCGAAAUCGCGGGGACGAUUCUGCAGUGCAGGUCGGGAAUGGUGAGGAGGAAAAGCCAGAGCAGCGGCAAGGAAGAGACGUGGCUCCUUUUCGUGGGCGCCGAUGAGAAGCAGGCCAAGGAGAAGAUCGCCAGAGAGCUGGCUAAGCUCGUCUUCGGCUCCUAUUCGAGUUUCGCGUCGAUCGGAUUGAGCAGCUUCGUGGACUCGUCGCCCCGGAACAAGCGGGGCAGGGAUGAAUGCAAGAGUUAUAUCGAUAGGUUUGCGGCGGCGGUGGCGGCUGAUCCUCGCCGCGUUUUCUUGGUGGAGGAUUUGGAGCAGGCCGAUUACUGCUCGCAGAUGGGGAUUAAGAGGGCGAUCGAAAAGGGGAGAAUCGUUGACCAGAACGGCGACGAGGUUGGCCUCGCCGAUGCCAUUGUUGUAUUCAGUUGCGAGAGUUUCCGGUCGAGUAGUGUUGAUCGGAAAGCGGUCUCCGGCGCCGGAGAGGAGGGGGCGGGCGGCGGUGGUGCUUUCUUGGAUUUGAAUAUGUCGUUUGAAGACGACGAUGGUGCGGAGGUUGAUGAUUUGGGAAUUCUUCAAAAUGUGGAUAGGCGCGUAGUGUUCAAAAUUCAGAAUUUUCGGCAAUAGUUUCUUCUUCUUUUUUGUUUGUAGAAAAGACAAUGAAUUCAUUUUCUAGCAGUAAGUUGGGUCAGAUUUAGCUGGGUAUAAAUAAAACACUUAAUUCAAAUUUA